GGCGCCCGUGCUGCCGCGGCGAGAGAGCGUUGCGGGCUUGCGGCCAGGCGGGCGCGCGGGAACGAACAGGGAACCGCGGCCCCCACGCAUCGAAGCCGCUGCCGGUGGUGGGCUCGGGCGCCUGGCGCAGGGGCGUGGGGGACGGGACUGUCGCUGGCGCAGCCCCGGGAGCGGCGCCUUCGGGACGACAAGCGCAUUAACGCCACUGCCGCCUCCGCCGAUUUAACUGCCCCCCGCCGCUUUCCACCCCCACCUGCCCGGCGCCCGCCCGCUCGCCCGCCUCGGAGGUUGCUGCCAUUAACGUGCCGCGCGCGCGGGUAGGCGCAGGCCGAGCGACCCGAGAGGAGGACGUGCGCGGGGGGCGAGGCGAAUGGGGAUCGAUCUCAACGCCGUGGAGGAGGACGAGCCGGCGGGGGCGGUGUGCGGGGAGCUGUGGCACGCGUGCGCGGGGGCGGGGGUGGCGCUGCCGCGGCGGGGCAGCGCCGUCGUGUACCUGCCGCAGGCGCACCUCGCGGCGGGCGGCUGCGGCGACGGCAUGGAGGUGCCGGCCGGUCCCGCGGCGCGCGUGCCGCCGCACGUGGCGUGCCGCGUCGUCGACGUCGACCUACGCGCGGAUGCGGCGACGGACGAGGUGUACGCGCGGCUCGCGCUGGUGGCGGAGGGCAAGAUGUUUGACCAAGAUAUUCAUGAUGCUGAAAUUGAAGAGAAGAACUGUGAGAUGGAGGAUGGUGAUGGAGAAAAGAAGCUAAGAACGUCGCACAUGUUCUGCAAGACACUCACAGCUUCUGAUACAAGCACACAUGGAGGGUUUUCUGUUCCUCGGCGGGCUGCUGAGGAUUGCUUUCCACCAUUGGACUAUGACCAGCUUAGGCCAUCUCAAGAGCUCAUUGCCAAGGAUUUACACGGCAUGAAAUGGAGGUUCCGACAUAUCUAUAGAGGUCAACCACGUAGGCAUCUUCUGACAACUGGAUGGACUUCAUUUAUCAAUAAGAAGAAAUUAGUCUCAGGGGAUGCGGUCUUGUUUCUUAGAGGUAGUGAUGGCAAGCUAAGAUUGGGUGUGAGGAGAGCAGUUCAACUGAAAAAUGAAGCUCUUCUUGAAGCUGUCAAUAGUACUGAUUCAAAGCAACGUACACUGUCUGCUGUGGUCAGUUCCUUGGAGAACAGAAGUAUAUUUCACAUUUCUUUCAACCCAAGGACUGGUGCUUCAGAAUUUAUUGUGCCGUAUUGCAAAUUCUUGGAGACCUUGAAUUGUCCCUUUUCGAUUGGAAUGAGGUUUAAAGUUGGCAGCGAGAAUGAAGAUGCUAACCAGAGGUCUUGUGGAUUGAUCUCAGGUAUUAGUGAAGUUGAUUCCAUAGGCUGGCCUGGAUCAAAAUGGAGAUGUCUCCAGGUCAAAUGGGAUGGUGAUACUAAUUGCAACCACCAGAAUAGAGUAUCUCCAUGGGAGAUCGAGAGAGUUGGCAGCUCAAUUUCAGUUCCUCAUUGUCUUUCAUCAUCUGUUUCAAAGCGAACAAAAUUGUGCUUUACUCAAGGUGAUUUGGACGCUCCGAUUCUAGAUGGAAAUGGUCGUCCUGACUCUUUGGAAACUGAAUGUUUGCACCGGGUCUUGCAAGGUCAAGAAUUGGUGCGCUCCAGGACUCACGGUGCUGCAUGCUCUCAUUCAUCAGAUACCCCCAAAUGUCAAGGCUCGUAUGAAAGGAGAUUCUCUGAUGAUGUGUGGAACUGCAAGAUGAAUGAUGCAAUGAGUGGGCUCCGGGACCAAAAUGCCACUGGGUUUGCUUACCAGCCCCUAGGCUUCAGUGAAUCUGUUAGAUUCCCAGAGGUCUUGCAAGGUCAAGAAAUGUCUCGGGCGGUUCCUUCCUUCCUUGGAGCUGCUUUCGGUGCUCGCAUACAGAAUGGCAGAAUUGGCUCGUUUGAUGUGCAGAGAACAGCUGGAACUCAAGGAUAUCCCCUCCAGCAGUUCAGUCUGCUAGCAACAGAAGCGCAUUCACCCUCUUCUGUUCUUAUGGUUAACCAAACCACGGUGCUACAGCCUGAGCUACAAGGUAUGGCCAACCUUGAACAAGCAAAUGGCAGCCCGUACGCCCACAUCGCAACGCAGAGAGAAGCUGAAACCUGGCCAUCUACGCAGCAGCAAAGGGCAAGUGAAACUGGAAGCGAGCUUUUCAACACAGCUGAAGCCUCAGCACCUGCUGCUGUUGCUAAAUCUGGAUUAGCUGACAAGGGAGUUAGGCGAAGCAGCUGCAGGCUUUUCGGUUUCUCCUUGACCGACGAGAUCCUGGUGGCAGAGGAAGAUGGCGGGAAGGAAAACUACGAAGCUCCGCAAACUCCCAGGGUUCUGGACUUGUUUGGACACAGCCAAUCUACACCCAGUGCUCUGCCUCUACAUGCUCUCUGCGCUGCUCCCUUGGGAAUUUGAUUAUGCUUCGGAGUUAGUAGUUGUUAGAUUCAUGUAAUCAUUCUGCUGUUUUCGUUGCGUGGGGAACUUUGGACCAUAUACGCUAUUCGGCAAAACCCUGGAUCUGCCUGUUUGAUUCCGCUCCAAUAAUUUCCUGUAAGGUGUGAAUGUGGUGGUUUGCUUUUGCUUUUAUUUAAAAAACGAUCGGCUCACUGUGUGUUUCAA